AUGGAGUAAGCUUUAGCUUAAUUAGAAAAUUAGAAUUCUGUAAAGUAAUCGCCUAUGGAAUUUUAUGAUGUAAAUGAAGUCAAAUUCUCUGAUUAAGAGUAUAUAUUUUGUAAAUAAAGUGUGUUGCGAAAGAGUUAUGACUCAUAUUCCUUCAUCGUGCUGAAAUUCCUUCACUCUUGGGAUUUCACUCGUCGUCACAAUGAGCUAGCUCUGAUUAGCCCGAGUUUAUUCUGUUCAGGCUAUCUAAUCUAUGACCACGUUGGUGAUUCCCAGUUGAUCAAUAGACAGAGUUCUAUCAGAGAUAACCAGAGAACUUUCAGACCUAGUGUAUUCGUGCACAAGCAACCUAUGGGAACUCCUUUUCAGUACCAUGAUCACCAUCAACAGCCUAACUUUAUUUAAAUUUCUUUGAGAGAGAAAUAUAUUUAUGUUCAAAUACGGAAUAUAAACAAGGAAUAAAUUAUUUGGGUUGAUUCAAUGUUUGCAACAGUUGGAAGUGAAAGUAUGGCCUAAAAUUCAUUAUAAACUUAUGGUGAAAAGUAAGAAAAUAUAGUAUUUUUUGAUUUUAUCAGUUGUGAAUUAAAAUAAUUACAGCUCAAGUCAAUCCGAAGUUGA